GCCAAUUAGCCCGUGACCUUGAACAAUUAAUUCUUCGGAGCUCUCGCUACACCCGCCAGCCCGUCAUCCCUCGACACACCACGCCCUCCCCGCCGAUUCUUUCGACAACGAUCAAUCGAGUCUAGCAAUCAUGGCUGCUACCCAGGGAGUUAUCUCCAAGCGUCGCAAGUUCGUCGCUGACGGUGUUUUCUACGCUGAGUUGAACGAGUUCUUCCAGCGUGAGUUGGCUGAGGAGGGUUACUCCGGUGUUGAAGUCCGUGUCACUCCCACCGUUACCGACAUCAUCAUCCGUGCCACACACACCCAGGAGGUUCUUGGUGAACAGGGUCGUCGUAUCCGUGAACUCACAUCCCUCAUCCAGAAGCGCUUCAAGUUUCCGGAGAACUCGGUUUCUCUCUAUGCCGCCAAAGUCCAGAACCGCGGUCUGUCCGCUGUUGCUCAGUGCGAGUCUCUCCGCUACAAGUUGUUAAACGGUCUGGCCGUCCGAAGGGCUUGCUAUGGUGUCCUCCGCUUCAUCAUGGAGAGCGGUGCCAAGGGCUGCGAGGUUGUCGUCUCUGGCAAGCUCCGUGCUGCCCGUGCCAAAUCCAUGAAGUUCACUGACGGUUUCAUGAUCCACUCCGGUCAACCCGCCAAAGACUUCAUCGACAGCGCUACCCGUCACGUUCUCCUCCGCCAAGGUGUCCUCGGUAUCAAGGUCAAGAUCAUGCGUGGCUCUGAUCCCGAAGGAAAGUCCGGUCCCCAGAAGUCUCUCCCCGACUCUGUCACCAUCAUCGAGCCCAAGGAAGAGCAACCCGUUCUCCAGCCCGUCAGCCAGGACUACGGCGCCAAGGCUCUCGCUGCUCAACAACUCGCCGAGCAGCAACGACUGGCAGAGCAGCAGGAGGGAGAGGGUCAAGAAGGUGGUGCCGCGGAGUAUACUCAGGAGUAAUCUUUUCUUUUUGCCGCCAAUCCUGUUCAAAUUUUUUUCCGAUGGUUCACUCAUGUUUCUCAUAAAAUUACUGCAUGUCAUACCAUGUCUAUUCUCUCACUUCCGACCUACCCUACCUCCAUAUCAUCUAUGACCAAUGACAAUAAAGAAUUGAACAUGCCCUGAAUGACGUAUAAAAUGUCAUUUCCAAGUGGAUUAAGCAAUGAACUUGUAUAUUUUGCUUUCAAUGUAGAAUAUCGUGACUUGAGAUAGACAAGGAAUCAAAAUAGAAACUCUUGAUAUCCA